AUGGCGGCGACGGAGCUGAGAGGGAUGGUGGGGCCCGGCCCGGCGGCCAUGGCAGCGCCGGGCGGCGGCGUUGGCGGCGCCGGGCCUGCCGCGGCGGUGGGAGCCGGCGGCCGCGGAGACUCGGGGUCCGGGGCCGGCCUCCCUGCGGGCGGCGGGGCGCUGGCGGCCUCGGCGGGCCCCGGGGCCGGGGGAGCGGCGGCGGCUUCGGCUUCGGCUUCGGCCUCGGCGUCCUCGGCGGCGGCGGGCCCGGCCCCCGCGGCUUCGGCGUCGGCGUCGGCUUCGGCGGCGGCCGGCGGCUCGGGCUCGGCCCGCGAGGGCUGGCUCUUCAAGUGGACCAACUACAUCAAGGGCUACCAGCGCCGCUGGUUCGUGCUGAGCAACGGGCUGCUGAGCUACUACAGGUCAAAGGCAGAAAUGAGACAUACUUGCCGGGGUACCAUCAACCUGGCCACAGCCAACAUCACUGUGGAGGACUCCUGCAACUUCAUCAUUUCCAAUGGCGGUGCUCAGACCUACCAUCUGAAGGCUAGCUCAGAAGUGGAGCGGCAGCGCUGGGUGACAGCCCUCGAGUUAGCCAAGGCCAAGGCCGUGAAGAUGCUGGCAGAAUCAGAUGAGUCAGGUGAUGAAGAGUCUGUCUCACAAACUGAUAAGACAGAGCUGCAGAAUACCCUGCGGACCCUCUCGAGCAAGGUGGAGGACCUGAGCACUUGCAACGACCUCAUAGCCAAACAUGGCACGGCACUGCAGCGCUCGCUCAGCGAGCUGGAGUCCCUGAGGUUGCCUGCUGAGAGCAAUGAGAAGAUCAAACAGGUCAACGAGCGGGCCACCCUCUUCAGGAUAACCUCUAAUGCCAUGAUCAAUGCCUGCCGAGAUUUCCUCAUGCUAGCACAGACCCAUAGUAAAAAAUGGCAGAAGUCACUGCAGUAUGAAAGAGACCAGCGGAUCCGCCUGGAAGAAACCCUGGAGCAGCUGGCGAAGCAGCAUAACCACCUGGAGCGUGCCUUCCGGGGCGCCACGGUGUUGCCCGCAAACACUCCCGGCAGCACUGGUUCUGGUAAAGAUCAGUGCUGCUCUGGCAAAGGCGACAUGAGUGAUGAGGACGAUGAGAACGAAUUUUUUGAUGCUCCUGAGAUCAUCACCAUGCCUGAAAAUUUGGGCCACAAACGCACUGGCAGCAAUAUCAGUGGAGCCAGCAGUGACAUCAGUCUCGACGAGCAGUACAAGCAUCAGCUGGAAGAGACCAAGAAGGAAAAAAGAACUCGAAUACCAUACAAGCCAAACUAUAGCCUCAAUUUAUGGAGCAUCAUGAAGAAUUGUAUUGGAAAAGAACUCUCCAAGAUCCCCAUGCCGGUAAACUUUAAUGAGCCCCUAUCCAUGCUUCAGCGCCUUACUGAAGAUUUGGAAUAUCACGAGCUGUUAGAUCGAGCUGCAAAAUGUGAGAACUCUUUAGAACAGCUCUGUUAUGUUGCAGCUUUCACCGUGUCUUCUUACUCCACUACUGUCUUCCGUACCAGCAAACCAUUCAACCCACUCCUUGGGGAGACUUUUGAGCUGGACCGACUAGAGGAGAACGGGUACCGAUCCCUCUGUGAGCAGGUUAGUCAUCAUCCCCCUGCAGCGGCGCACCAUGCUGAGUCCAAAAAUGGUUGGACAUUGCGUCAGGAGAUCAAAAUCACCAGCAAAUUCCGAGGCAAAUACCUGUCCAUUAUGCCCCUCGGUAGCAUCCACUGUAUUUUUCAUGCAACUGGGCACCACUACACAUGGAAAAAAGUUACCACUACAGUGCACAACAUUAUCGUGGGCAAGUUAUGGAUAGAUCAGUCUGGCGAAAUUGAUAUUGUGAACCAUAAAACAGGCGACAAGUGCAAUCUUAAAUUUGUUCCUUAUAGUUACUUCUCACGAGAUGUAGCAAGAAAGGUGACAGGGGAAGUGAUGGAUCCAUCAGGAAGAGUUCACUUUGCUCUUCUGGGGACGUGGGAUGAGAAAAUGGAUUGUUUCAAAGUACAACCCGUCAUUGGGGAUAAUGGGGGUGAUGCUCGCCAGAGAGGCCAUGAAGCAGAAGAAAGCAGGGUCCUGCUGUGGAAGAGGAACCCUUUACCGAAGAAUGCAGAGAACAUGUACUACUUCUCAGAACUCGCUCUGACUCUUAAUGCCUGGGAAGGUGGCACUGCCCCCACCGACAGCCGAUUACGGCCCGAUCAGAGACUGAUGGAGAAUGGGCGCUGGGAUGAAGCCAAUGCUGAGAAGCAGCGCCUGGAGGAGAAACAAAGGCUCUCCAGAAAGAAGAGAGAAGCAGAAGCGAUGAAAGCCACCGAGGAUGGCACACCCUAUGAUCCCUAUAAGGCACUGUGGUUUGAGCGGAAGAAGGACCCCAUUACCAAGGAGCUAACUCAUAUUUAUAGGGGAGGAUACUGGGAAAGUAAAGAGAAACAGGACUGGAACUCUUGCCCGGACAUUUUCUGAAAUAUCAGUGACAAAAGAGAAGGAGGAUCCAAAGGAGAAGAGGACAGAGAUGUGCAGGGACGCUGGCGAGUGUGACUCACCGAGUGUUCUCCUCGAGUUUGUCUGUCUUAACCAAUCAUUUUUUCCUAAAUCAAUCACCAGAAGCAGACACCCGUGGUGGUGAUUGGCUGGUUGCCUUAGCUGAUUGAAACUGAAAUCAAAAACACUAGAUAUCUCUGUUUGGAAGGGAGAAGUUUAGUGGCUGAAAAGUAGCGUUGAUCCACUUCUGCAAAGUCAAGUAUUCUUGGCUCUUCUCUGCCCCCAUUUAAGAUGAUGUCAUUCAUCCUCCCCUUGUAUUUUGCUCGGCCAAGACCUACGUCAGAUUAUGAUUCAGGGGCAUUUUGGUGCUGUUCCGAGCAAGAGCUGAUUUUAGAAGUUCCUUUAAAAAGAAACACAAGAGACUCCGCCAACAGAU